AUGGCGAUUCUGUAUGGUGUUGUGGCGCGUGGGUCAGUUGUGCUAGCAGAGUCAAGUGCCACGUCAUCAACCACCGCCAAUACAGUGGCCCGCAAGAUCUUGGAGAAGAUCUCAGGCGCUAAUCACGAUACCAACGUCUCGUACUCACAGGAUCGCUACAUUUUCCACGUCAAACGCACGGAUGGCCUCACCGUUCUCUGUAUGGCAGAAGACAACACUCAGCGGAGAAUUCCUUUUGCAUUCCUUGAAGAAAUUCACCAACGAUUCGUGCAAACAUAUGGGCGAGCCGUGCUGACUGCCCAAGCCUAUGCAAUGAAUGAUGAAUUCUCGAGGAUUCUGAGCCAACAAAUGGAGUAUUACUCAAGGGACCCUAAUGCUGACAGAAUUAACCGUAUCAAAGGCGAAAUGAGUCAGGUGCGAAGUGUGAUGAUAGAGAAUAUUGAUAAAGUUUUAGAGAGAGGAGAUCGACUGGACUUAUUGGUCGGUAAGACGGCAUAUAUGCAAGCCAACAGUUUUCGCUUCAGAAAACAGAGUCGCCGUUUGAGAAACAACAUCUGGUGGAGAAAUGUCAAGCUAAUGAUGGCAUUGAUUUGCCUUGUCUCGCUAACAGUUUACGUUCUUAUGGCUUUUGUUUGUCAUGGCCUUACACUUCCAUCUUGUCUGAAAUAA